AUGACUUUGAAUGAUAUUCCACUGCUUUCCCAUCCAAGCCUCACAGCUCUCAAGCUGCAGAAAGUCAAGAUCGGCGUUUUCGCACGGCCGUCUGUCCGGCCUCUCCCUUACGAGAAUCUCGACUCGUUUUACCUCCAUGCUCGCGACUAUUCAUACGAGGUUCUGAACAGAUUUCUCAAAAAUGCAAAGUCGCUUCGGCAUCUAGAGUUUCACCAUCCUUUCGAUGUAUCAGCACGAAGAGAUCCCCCAGAUUUCUCUGAACUCCUCUGCCUGUGUAAGAGCAGUCUCAAAAUACUAGAACUGUGGUGGGAAUGCAUGGGAACCCUUUGCUUCAACAAUCCAGGCAUGAAAUUUGCAGAGUUCACAACCUUGGAAUAUCUCGCUAUUCCUCCCGGAGCAUUAUUCGGUCCGUAUUGGUAUGAGAAUAAUCUCGAAUCCUUACAAAUGCUCAAGGAUCAUAUCCCGCCCAACCUAAAAGUUCUGUUCCUGCAGGAUGUUUAUCCAUGUUGGUCAGAAGAGGAACUCGAAGAGGACAUCGAAGAGGACUGCGACCCAGAAGCAAUAUUGCUUCCCAAUGAUUAUAAACUGAUCAAAACAUUGCUCACUAACGUCAACUCAUUCCCGUCGCUAAGGUACAUUGUUUGGACAUCGGAGAUUGGCACCAGACCGCCGAAGGAUCUUAACGAUAUGGCCCGAGAUUUAGGAAUGGCUCUUAAAUUGGUGUCUAAUAGACUUGAGAUGCCGCCCGAUGUAAAAUGGCUUGAUAAGCUGUGA